CGGUUUCGGUACGAACUAGAACCGUACCAAAUCGAAAGAUGAACGAUAUGCCUAUCGAUACUGGUACGACGAAUCUUAAUCGUAGUGACGUGGCAUUUUCAAAAAUAGAGCCAUCCAAUCACCUAGUGCCAUUCCCAUUCGGUUGCAUCCCCGUACGCGCCCGGAUGAGCGGGGAUCCUUUUAGGAGCGCAACUCGUUUGCCAAGCAGUAAUUUUAGCGGGAAAGCCCACUGAUAUCGCUAAACCCCUCUCGAUGCUUGCGCGAGCCAUCCAGAGUUCGUGAUGGAAUCAAACUCCACCAUGUGAUGCGUCUACCUUGUCUUUCUUGACCAUCCCCCCUAUUCUUAAAUACCCAUUUUAAACAUACAAAACCGCUGUCCCCACUCCAAUCCGACGGCCACCCACUGGCCACCACCCCCAAGCCUACGAAUUCUUACCGUGUGAUGCGAUCUGGAUACCCCAUCCGUCCGAUCAAUUAUUAGAAUUUGAUUUCAAAACUCGAGAGGGGGAGAGAAGAAAGGCAGGGGCCUUUCUUAGCUUCUCUUCCUUCCUUCCCCCACUUCUCCUCGAAAUUUCUUCCCGCAUAGCCCCAAAAAUUUCAUCUUUUUCGCCCUCCCCCUGAUCCCCUCCCGGUCGCCGGAUCUCCGCCGCACGAUUCCCUCUCCUACGGCCGGGAUCUCGUCCGGACUCCCCUGCUCUUCGCUCGCGCCACUCCCCUCUCCGUCGAUCUCCCGGCGACCGCCCGACCGAUACGAAUGCUCCCGGAUUCUCUUUAAUUUCCCGCGCUGAUGCUGGAUUUGAUGGUUCCUGGCGGGAGAGAGAUCUCCUGAUCGUAUUCGUUGGCUUUUCGUUUCGAUUUCCUGGGUGCAGGUUUUGGAAUUCGGCCGCUGCGAUGGAGCAAGGCAUUAAAUCCGCUGCGCCGAUGCCGUCCGAUUUCCCUCCGAAGAAGCUCGCCCGCCAGCUGGAUUUCACAGCGGCGCACUGUGGAUCGCUGGGGGCGGGGGCCCUCGAGCAGCAGUCGCCGUUGCUGCUGCCGGUGUCUCGCCCCUCGAUUCAAACAUCCGUGAAGCUGGGGUCCCCAAGAUCAAGGCCACUGCCAAUAUUUGAAGCUAAAGAUGGUACUCCAAAGAAACAGAAGCAAUGCAACUGCAAAAACUCAAGAUGCUUGAAGCUGUAUUGUGAGUGUUUUGCAUCUGGGUUAUAUUGUGAUGGUUGCAAUUGUGUAAAUUGUUGUAACAAUGUUGAGAAUGAAGCUGCUAGGCAGGAAGCUGUUGAAGCUACUUUGGAGCGCAACCCAAAUGCCUUUAGGCCUAAGAUCGACAACAGUCCACAUACAAACCGGGAUAGUAAGGAGGAGGCAGGAGAACUGCCUUUGGUGGGAAAACAUAAUAAAGGAUGCCACUGCAAGAAGUCAGGGUGCCUCAAGAAAUACUGCGAGUGCUUCCAGGCAAACAUUCUUUGCUCUGAUAAUUGUAAAUGUAUGGACUGCAAGAACUAUGAAGGAAGUGAAGAGAGGCGAGCUCUUUUUCAUAGUGAACAGGGAAAUUCCCAUUCGUACAUCCAUCAAGCAGCCAAUGCUGCAUUAAAUGGGGCAAUUGGAUCCUCUGGUUUUGGAUCCCCUCCAGCAUUGAAAAAGAGAAAAAGUCAGGAGCUCUUUUUUCCUCCUACAGUAAAGGAUCAAUCCAUUCUCAGGCUUCGACAAUUCCCACAGGCUAAUCAUAUGAAGACAUCUACACCUGCUUCUUUUGCUUCCACACCAGUAACCCAUGGUAUUAAUCCUAAUCAAGCAGGAUCUUCUAAAGUCACAUACAGGUCUCCUCUAGCGGACAUUGUCCAGCCAGAGGAUGUGAAAGAGCUUUGCAAGCUUUUGGUUAUGGUAUCAGGAGAGGCUGCAAAGACAUUUGCUGAUCAGAAAGCAUAUGAGGAAAGCCCAGCGGAUAGGGAAGACCAAACAGAUUGCUCCCUUGCCUUGUUGAACCAAGACAGGGAUGAGAACCGGAGUGAGCCAGAUGUUCAGAAAGAACCAGUGGAUGACUGUUCGAAUGGAACUGAUGUGGACAGAGCAAAUAUGGAGGAGUCUGAAUCUGACCAUGUCGAUGUGCAUAAAGGUUGUAGGCCUAUGUCACCUGGGACACUAGCAUUAAUGUGUGAUGAGCAAGAUACAAUAUUCAUGACAUCCCAGAACAAUAGCACAUCUUCUAGAUUUUCGUCCAACCAGAAUGUUUCGGAGGUCUAUGUGGAGCAAGAGAGGCGUGUGUUGACGGGACUCCGAGACUGUCUCCGAAAGCUCAUAACUUAUGGAAAGAUCAAAGAAGCGCAGUACUCAUCAAUGGCCAUGAAAAUUGAAACAUCCAACCACCAAGAUUCAGUCAGCAAUGCUCCCAUGCUGAGCAGUUCAGAUGCAAGUAUGUCUAUGAACUCAGUCCCUGCUUCUGCGAAUUGUUCUCUGCCUCCAAAAGCAGGGCACCAAUAUAUAGCAAAUGGUGACAGAACAACCAAGGCAGAGAAUUCAUAAAUGUAGACGAUAAAGCCCAAAGAUGGAAAAGAAAUUUCGGCUUCCAUGGCAAAGUGCUGCAUCCUUGUGUAAUUUUCUGAACGCCAAUGGAUGUUGUUGGAAGCUUAGCAUUGGUUGGUAUUUUCUAGACCUCAUUGCUUAUUGAAGAAUAGGUCAAGCUGUGCCAGCCCGGUCAUUUUUUAACUGACUCAUGAUUAAUGUGAUCUAUAUAUAAUCAUUCAUCAUGCUGCUAUAGCGUAAAGCUGCAUGGUGGGUUGUUCAUGUCCGUUCAUUUUUCAUUUUUUUGUUGUCCAAAACCCUCAUCAUGUUUCCGCAUCGAAUUAAAGGAUGGUGAAUAAGAAGGAAUUAUCUAUUUGAUGGAGGGAAUUUUGAUAAACAAGGAAGCAAAUUUCUGAGGAUAUUAUUAUA